CUGAAUCCGGCGCCGGGAAGAGUGAGAGUGGGGUUUCCGGGUCUUGCGUCUAUAUCCUGCUUUUCUCUACUCUGGUCGCCUUUGGCUUAGUAACAGCAACGACUGGUUAGUCGGCCCCGUGCCCUCCCUGGGUUGGGUGACCAGUUCUCAGUGUUUUUGAUCUCAGCGCUGUUGGCCUGGCCAUGCUGGGUUGUUUGGCUCAGCCUCCGGAUGCGGAAGAAUGUCUUCUAUAAAAAGAAGCCCAAAGCAAGAAAUAAUUUCCCAGCUUCACCUUUCAGCUGCAGAAGGAGAUAUUGCCAGGUUAACAGUAAUCCUCAGUCAUUCUCCAUCUCUUCUCAAUGAAACUUCUGAAAAUGGAUGGACUGCUUUAAUGUAUGCUGCAAGGAAUGGGCACCCAGAUGUUGUCCAACUUCUACUUGAGAAAGGGUGUGACAGAUCCAUUGUCAAUAAAUCAAGGCAGACUGCACUGGAUAUUGCUAAAUUUUGGGGUUAUAAGCAUAUAACUAACUUACUAGCUAAUGCUAAAGGUGGGAUGAAGCCUUGGUUCCUAACUAAUGAAGUGGAAGAAUGUGAAAAUUAUUUUAGCAAAACACUAUUAGACCGAAAAAGUGAAAAAAGAAAUAAUUCUGACUGGCUACUAGCUAAAGAAAGCCAUCCAGCCACAGUUUAUAUCCUUUUCUCAGAUUUAAAUCCCCUAGUUACUCUAGGUGGCAAUAAAGAAAGUUUCCAACAGCCAGAAGUCAGGCUUUGUCAGCUGAACUACACAGAUAUAAAAAAUUAUUUGGCUCAGCGUGAAAAGAUCACCUUGGUUUUUCUUGGAGUAGAACUUGAAAUGAAGAAAGAGUCUUUGAAUUAUACUGGAGAAGUCCCAAGAGAAGAAGAAGAUGGGUUGGUUGCCUGGUUUGCUCUAGGUAUAGAUCCUGUUGCUGCCGAAGAAUUUAAGCAAAGACAUGAAAAUUGUUAUUUUCUUCAUCCUCCAAUGCCUGCUCUUCUGCAAUUGAAAGAAAAAGAAGCUGGGGUUGUAGCUCAAGCAAGAUCUGUUCUUGCCUGGCACAGUCGAUAUAAGUUCUGCCCAACCUGUGGAAGUGCGACUAAAAUUGAAGAAGGUGGCUACAAAAGAGUAUGCUUAAAAGAAGACUGUCCUAGCCUCCAUGGUGUUCACAAUACAUCAUAUCCAAGAGUUGAUCCAGUUGUAAUCAUGCAAGUUAUUCAUCCAGAUGGGACCAAAUGUCUUUUAGGCAGGCAGAAAAGAUUUCCCCCAGGCAUGUUUACUUGCCUUGCUGGAUUUAUUGAACCUGGAGAGACAAUAGAAGAUGCUGUUCGGAGAGAAGUAGAAGAGGAAAGUGGAGUCAAAGUUGGCCAUGUUCAGUAUGUCUCUUGUCAGCCAUGGCCAAUGCCCUCCUCCUUAAUGAUUGGUUGCUUAGCUGUGGCAGUGUCUACAGAAAUUAAAGUUGACAAGAAUGAAAUAGAGGAUGCCCGCUGGUUCACUAGAGAACAGGUUGUGGAUGUUCUGACCAAAGGGAAGCAGCAGGCAUUCUUUGUGCCACCAAGCCGAGCUAUUGCCCAUCAGUUAAUCAAACACUGGAUUGGAAUGAACCCCAAUCUCUAAAUCAAAUAACUAGACUUUGAGUAUUAAUUGAAUUCUAAUAACUUAUUCCUCAAGUGAGAUUAGAAAUAUUUAGUGCUCUUUGGAAUGUCACAACACAAAAUAUCAUAUUAGGUUUCAGAAAUAUUUUCAACAUGUACUUUCCAUCUUAACCAUAGAACUUGUGUUUUUAUAAAUUACAAGACUGCCUCAGAUUUUGUUAAAAUCCAAGUCAGCCUCUCCAAAUACUUUUUUGGUUGUGCUCCACAAUUCUAUCUCACAAAACCAUAUUUCUAAUAAGAAAAAUCAUGUUGUAAAGACGUAUAUUCUAAAAAUGUAAACAAACAAAACAAUGUAAACAAACCUAAAUUCCACUGCCUCUUUUAAGCAUUAGACCAAUCACUAAAGUUCUAUUCUUGAGAAACCAGGCAGAAUAAUUUUAAUUACUUUUAAGCUUCAUUUCCAGUCUUUUCAUGACCAUAAAGGUUCUUUCAGGCAUCAGUAGCUGAUUUUUGCUCACUUCGCAUUGUAUUCCACUUUUUUCUCCUGGUUUCAUUGUUCUAGCAGUGGUGCUGUUAUAGUCCUGCCACUCGUCUGUUUUGAUCAGUGUUAAGAAUUUUCUACUUUAACAACUUUGCUGAUGAUCAGAAUACCAUGACUUCAUGAAAGGAGAGUUUAAAUGAGAGCAUACCACUAUGAAUGGGACCUCCUCCUUAAACCUAAAAUCAAUUAAUACGUAUAAUUAUCUGUUACACUCAGAAGUUGUUCUUAAGAAAAAUCAAAACUCUGCUUUUUCACUGAAAUUAAAGGUAUUUGAAAGGAAUUCUCCUCAAAGAUCAGAUGUUAAAUAUUUCCCAGAUAGAUUUACAUAUUCAGUAAAAACACUGGCUUUAUGUCAUUUUGUGAUAAGGGAUUUAUCUGCAUUUGCAAAAAGUUAUGUAAUCAUUACUAAUUAUAUUUAUUAAACUCAAAUGCAGUAUUUUGAUUUUGGCCUUAUUUUAACACAUCCUAAGAAGUCUUUAUAAAAUAAGUAUAUCUUAGAACUGAAUCAGUAAGAUUCAGAGAAAAGUAAAUUGUAGUAAUUCACAGUUUUACAAUAUAGAACUGUCGUAUUUUAUAAGGCUGUUUUGAAAUUGUUUUAAAAGUCUGUAAAUGUAUAAAUUUAUAUAAUUUGGCUCUUUAUUAUUUUAUGUUAGAACUGGAAGAGACCUUAAGGAUAAUAUAUGUAGUUUAGUGACCUUCUCUUAUAGAUAAGGAAAAAGAAAUCCUGAGAGGUGAAUUUAAUUAAUCCAUUAAAGUUGAGUCAAUUAAUUAAUCGAUGAAAGUUACACAAUUACAACUUACCAGUUCAUAAAAUUAGUUGUAAUUAUAGUUAAAAACUUAAUUUUAACAAUAUAGCCUAGUGCAGGACUCUCCCUCUAAUAGGAAGUAGAAACUACUACUAAAAAUAUAGGUAGAAUAAAUUAAAGUAGCGAUGAUAAGAAUAAAUUUAAUUUACCAAUACUGUUAAUUAAAAUUUUAGAUACUAAAAUCUAACUUAAAUAUGAUAAUCCUCUUAGAUAAAACUUUAUUUUACUAAUAAACAGUGAUUUUCUUAGUAACUGGUGAAAGCUUAUUGGUAUCAGGUCUUUAGACAAAAUUGACUUACAUUGGACAUUUAGAUACAUAAUAAAAUUUUAACUACAUAAGUACAUAGAAAAUUAUGUGCCUUGAUUAUUAUGAAGUAUGAUGACUUGAGGUUCAGUUUUACUCCAAAUUUACUUAGAGAUUCUAAGAUUACAUCAUAAAGUUCCAGGUUUCCAUUUUCAGAUAACAAAGUGAAAUAUAAAAUAUCAACAAAAUGUAGUUAUAAAUUUAGUUUUGGAUAUUUAAUCCUAUUCUCAGGAAAAUCAGUAAGUAAAUUAUUGUUGUUAAUAAUCAUUCUUAACAUUGCUAACCUCUGAGAGGUGAAUAGCUACAUGUAAAUAGAAGGAAUAGCAAAGAAAUUUUAGAGGUCAAGUGCCAUGAAUGUAUUCUAAUGGAAGUGAAGGUAACAAUAUAUUAAAAUAUCUAUUUUCUGUUUUGUGUGUUA